AUGGAUGAAACAUACGUCCAUUCAUCUCAUACCUACCAAAAGAGCUGGUCUGAUAGUUCAAACAAGGGCAUACAAAAACCAGUAUCUAAAGGACAGAUGCUUGUGAUAGUGCAUGCUGGAGGUGAAAGUGGGUUUGUUAAAAACGCUUAUCUGCGCUACAAACCUACUAUAAAAACAGGAGAUUAUCAUGAUGCAAUGAACUACGACAAUUACAAAAAGUGGCUUCAGGAUAAACUGAUACCAAAUUUGCCCCCGAACAGCGUUUUAGUGAUUGUUAAUGCACGGUAUCACAACGUACAAACUGAGAAAUGUCCAACUAUGUCUUCAAGGAAAGCAGAAAUGCAGCAGUGGCUGACAACGCGAAAUAUUUCCUUUACAGAUGACAUGUUGAAAUUUGAAUUAUACGACAUUAUAAAAUUACACAAACCUCUGUUUAAAACCUAUGAAAUUGACAAAAUACUCGAGGAUAAAGGACAUUCAGUUUUACGGUUACCCAAGAUAUUAUCCGGAUUUGAAUCAUAUAGAGUUAGUAUGGGCUUCUAUGAAGCAAUAUGUCGCUGA